UAUUUAUUUGUGAUGUCUAAGUAUAAAGAUGAAAUCUUUGUCUCAGUCAAGUUUUAAGUCUUGUUCUUGAAAUGGUUGGAAAUUGGGUGAUUGAUGGAACUCAAAUGAUUACUUCUUAAUGAUAAAACACUUUUUGAAACAGCUCUCUAGCUCACAAGGCAAGUGCGUACACUCUGCCCUCCCAGACCCACUUAUGGAGCUAUGUUGUUGUUGAUAAAACUCGUUUUGAUUAUUUAUUAUUACCUCAGUAAAUGCCUUCCUAAGUACAACUCUUAUUAUUGGCGGAGCCAGACAUUUAUACAAGAGGAUUGAAAAAUAUCCUAGGAUUUGAACCUAUGACCUAAAGCAAACUUUGACCUCCCUUUGUGACCUUACUAGAACUUUCCAUUAUGUCAAGGGAAUUCGCUUUUCUGCAAUUUUUUCCAUCCCUCUCAAGUCUCAGCAGCUUAUAUAUCAUCGAAAAAACUAGCUUUUGACCUGUUUGCACAGUGGGGAUUCAAUUGAACCGCCUUCUUCAAGCUAGCUCCGCCCCUGACUCCUACUAUCAAGCAUAUUGGAAUGAUUUGGCACAUUCAAAGAGUAGAUGGCCGCCUUAUCUCUAGCAGUUGUGAAUUGUGGAAAAGGAAGAAAUGCAGAGGACCUGAGUUCUGAAUUUGUGCCACACUUGUCUCUUGGGAGUGAGUUUCUUACCAAAAGGUUGUAUGGCCUGAAUUUGAAGGAUUUGGGAAAUCCCAAAGUGAGGACGAGGAAGAAGUUCCGCAUUGGUGCUGCAAUAAAAAAGUGGAAGAAGCAUGAUUACCCGUGGCCUGGUGAUAUUGAACCAGACACUAAGACACCCUUAAAGUAUCUUUCCUACUUUAAGCCUCUUGAUGAGAAACCGAAACCAGUCACACUUGCCUUUGAGAAGCCAUUGGUUAAUUUAGAGAAGCAGCUUAUUGAGGUACGUAGAAUGGCCGAAGACACUGGAUUAGAUUUCACUGAUCAGAUUUAUGCUUUGGAAGCCAAGUAUCAGCAGGCCCUGAAGGAUUUGUACACUCAUUUGACACCCAUCCAACGGCUCCAAAUUGCUCGACACCCUAAUAGACCAACUGUUCUAGAUCAUUUACUAAAUAUGACAGAGAAGUGGGUAGAGCUCCAUGGAGAUCGUGCUGGCUAUGAUGAUCCAGCCAUGGUGACUGGCAUUGGGAGCAUUGAAGGUAGAAGUUACCUCUUCAUUGGUCAUCAGAAAGGUAGAAAUACAAAAGAAAACAUCAUGCGGAACUUUGCAAUGCCAACCCCUCAUGGCUACAGAAAGGCUUUGAGAAUGAUGAAAUAUGCUGAUCAUCAUGGCUUCCCUAUUGUUACAUUUGUAGACACUCCAGGUGCUUUUGCUGAUUUAAGAUCUGAAGAGCUAGGUCAGGGUGAGGCAAUAGCCUAUAAUUUAAGGGCAAUGUUUGGGCUGAAAGUUCCAAUCAUAACGGUUGUAACUGGUGAAGGUGGUUCAGGCGGCGCUCUUGCCAUUGGAUGUGCAAACAAGUUGUUAAUGUUGGAAAACUCAGCAUUUUAUGUUGCUAGUCCUGAAGCUUGUGCUGCAAUAUUAUGGAAAUCUUCACAAGCAGCUCCAAAGGCAGCUGAGAAAUUGAGGAUCACAGCUCAGGAACAUUACAGGCUCCGGAUAGCGGAUGGAAUUAUUCCUGAACCACUCGGUGGUGCCCAUGCUGAUCCUUUCUGGGCAUCUCAGCAGAUUAAACAUGCUAUUCUCAAUGCCAUGGUGGUAAUACCUUCUGUCUAUGGAAACAAACCAAAGGAACUUGGAAGGAUGAAUUCUGAACAAUUGCUUCACCAACGGAUGCUGAAAUUUCGCUCUAUUGGAGGUUUCCAAGAGGGCAUUCAGGUUGAACCUGAAAGGAAGCACAACAUGAAGCCAUCUGAGGCUAACUCACCGCCUGCUGAUUUGGAAUCAGAGCUUGCAAAUCUUAGGAAGAAGAUUCUAGAAGCUAAGGGACCAUCUGAUCCUGUUACUAUCCAAGUCCUUGAGAAGCUACAAGAAGAUCUAGACUCUGAGAUGACUAAAGCAUUCAUAGCUAUGGGCUUGGAGAACAAGAUUGAAUCUCUUAAAUUAGAGUUGCAAGGAGCUCCUAUUCCGGAUCAACCACUUAACAAGUCUUUGCAGGAGAAAGCCGAUAAGAUUAUGCAAGAAUUUAAGCAGAAGUUGUCACAACCUGGGGCGUAUCUUGGUUUAAAGCAAAAGCUUCACACCGUGAAUAUGGCUGGCAGGCUCAUUGAGCUGAAGAAUAAAAGUGAAAAAAUAAAAGCUGAAGUUAAUCAGAAAAUUCCAACAACUGUCAAAGACAAGAUAGACCGUUUAAAGACAGCUUCAGAAAAGCUAAGAAAUGGGGAUUCUUUGGAUACAAAUCUUGCAGAGGAAGUAGAAAAAGCUAAGAAAGAGCUGGAGGAUGUUCUAAGGUCAGCCAACCUGGAAAUAGUCGGCAUGAGCAAAAGGACAAAUGUUGCUGCUCCUCCGGAAUUGGAAGAGGAGGUGGCUAAAGUAAACGAGGAGAUUAAGGAUGAGAUUCAAAGAGCAGUGUCUAGAUCAGGUCUUAGCGAGAAGAUUGAAGAGCUGAAGGCGGAGAUUUUGAAGGACUCCAACUCAGAAAAGGUAAAAGAGCUGGAAACUGAGAUAAGGGAGGGUAUUGCUGCUGCCCUCAGGGUCACCCCUGUGAAGAAAAAGGUUGAAAGUUUGAGAGAGAAACUAGCAUCACUCACCAAAGUUGAUGUGGAAAGUAAAGUUGUUGCAGAAAAUGGAAGAUGGUGAAACUAGCUCAUGAGUUAAGUACCUUGUGCUAGCUUGGACAGUAGUACUUGAUUUUGGUUUGGAAGAAUUUUUUCUGGCACUCCUGAGAUAUUGUAGGUAAUGGUGAUUUGCGCCUUGGAUGAUUUUGUGCUUGUAAAUUGUAACAUGUAUAUGGAUUACAGAUGUAAAGUUGGUUAGCAGCAUAAUAUAUGUUUUUUUCCUUCACAACUAAAACAUAUGGAUGAUGUAAGUUAUCCACUACAUGUGCUGCUGGUGGGAGACAACAGGUAUACGAUGGAAUAGUCGAGAUGCAAUCUAGUACAUGUUCUCAGCGCUAAUAUAAUAUUAAGAUUUUUUCUCCAUGGAUGAUGCAAGUUCAAUCAUUUCCACAAGAUAUGUACAAUGUUACAUCAUCAAGAUAUGUCAUGAACUUCCAAACAUCUUCACAAGUGGUCUCAACUCUCAAGUUAUGUAAAGCUGCAACACCAAUGCCUACCUUCUUCAAUUCUUUAUGUAUACCUACAUCAAUAACAAGUACUACUGUAGUAUUCUUGGAAUAUAAACCAUUGCAAAAUAUACUCACACC